AACGAAGUCAGAUUAGUAGUAUUAAUUAUCAGCCAUGAGGGAUAAAAAAGAAUUAGUGGAGCUUCUACUCAAGGCAAAGUUCUAUGGCGAAUGCGAGAGCCAUAAUCACAGAAAGUGCAAUUUCUUCUGCGUAACUUGCAAGGGCGCCAUGUUAUGUGAUUUGUGCAACGAUUCAAACGGUAAGCACAAGAGUCACUUGGUCUUUCAGGUAAGUCGGUCAUAUUUUACUUAAUGUUGAGAAAGUCAUUAAACACUAAUUCUUUCGUCGGAGUUUCUGAUUUUUUUUAUUUUUAUUUUGUCUGAUUUCUUAUUUUAUCAAGGUAUAUAAAGCUUCGGAGUACGAAACACUGAAAAUCAAGGUUAUUGGGAAGUACUUGGACAUCUCACAUAUUCAGCUUUACAAGAUCAAUUAUUUGGACGUUGUUUACAUCAAGGCAAGGCCAAUGAGGGGACAAACUUUGAGCAAUAGAGAUAUGCCAAUAUGUGAAGAAUGCGGACGAGAAUUGGUGAUACAGCAAGAAGGAGGUUCUAGUUUCAAGUUUUGCUCCAUUGAGUGCAAAUAUAUGAGUAACGCUUGUAGUCUGUUGGACUGCAUAGAAGAAGAAGAAGAAGUUGACAAUGUUAGGAAGGUUGAGAUGGUCGACAACAUCGAUAAAGGCAGCAGAAAGAGAGUGUAUGUUGACAAGGAAAUCAUUAGCAAACGUAAACAUAGAAGGAAAGGAGUGCCUAGGCGAUCUCCUUUGUUUUAGAUAAUAUUGAUUUUCAUUAACGACUAUAGUAUUAUGUUUAACAUUCUUUCUUUUUCGGUUCACAAGGUGUAAUUUUUUUUAUUUUUCGCGUCUAAUUAUGUUAUGCGUACAAUAUAUAAAAUUCUUUAACGAGCAACAUGAAUGUAUGUGAUUUUGUCUUUGGUGUACUAUUUUUUUGUAUGCACGUUAUGCUAAAAGAUCAUUAAAUAUUUACAAUUUUA